AUGUCGCACACCACUCCGCUCACGACGGUGUGGCAGGGCUACAUUGCGUCGACCCUUGACGCUCUGCUACUUUUCGAAUGCGCCUUAAGCGGUCGUAUCAGCCAAGUUUCUCGUCGCCCAAACGACAGAGAACGACAGGACCUCAUCAAAAGUGGCAGUAUCUUUAUCUAUCAGGAGAGCGCGACUGGGAUCAAGCGCUGGACCGAUGGCAAGUCUUGGAGCCCAAGCAGAAUCCUGGGUAACUUUCUCAUCUAUCGGGAAAUGGAUAAGCCUUUUCCACCAGGCCAGAAGAAGCGUGCCAUGAAACGAUUGGCCUCGGGCUCGCUUGGCGGCUUGACCAACUCCAACGGCAGAUUGCAUUCGGACAACGGCGACUUUCCCUCCCAUGCGUCAGAACAAGCGAGACACCUUCGUCUAAUUAUUGGCUCACUAGUAGACUCGUUUUCUUUUAAGGAGAAUGGCCUUGUCAAGAAAACAAUCAGUAUUAAGUAUCACAAUGUCUCGCACCGCAUUAUUAGCUACUACAGUGUGGAGGACGUCACUCAAGGGAAGCUCCCUACGCCAUCUCGGGACCAGGGAUUUCGAGAUCUUAUUCCCCGUGCCGAGCUCACGACCUCUCAAAAGUUUCGAGCCUCCUCCGACAGGGUCGAGCGCAGUUCGAAAGAAUUACUGGCUACAAAUCUGGGCGAGUUUGUGGGCUAUAGCAGCGUUUGUCCGGGAAUCAAUAGUUGUCCCUUGCAACUCAUGUCCGCCACUUCUUACGAUGCUCCUCACGGAGCACGCCCUGCCUUUUCCGACAGCCACGAGCCGCUUCAUGAUGGUCAAUUGACCCAGGGCGUAUCAGGAACCUCACCGACACUGCAGCCACUGUCGUCGUCAACGUUACUUCCGGUCCCAGCGUCCAUGCAUGUGCCAAGUUCAGCGGGUGUAUUCUUCGCUCCGCAACUUCAGGGUAAUUACGCACACAUGCUUCACAAUUUAGAAACUCGGGGCGGAUCGGAACUAGGCUAUCGAAGUGAUCAUUUUCCGGAAAUAUACCCACCACAAUUGCAGUGUCUUGGGGUCAAGGUUGAGGGCGGCGUCUUGGUUGGCGGCAGUGGCAGUACGUAUCCGUACAGGAAUUAUGAUGCGGGCAAUGGUUCGGCUGUUGAUUCCACGGACGGUCUUAAGGAAGUUACUGUAGCAAUUCACUCGGCAACGCGAUUCAUUGUGCGUUGGGUGACUGAUGACACCCAACGGGGAGGAAACUUCCGCCACUUGGCAUUGCAACGUUUGCAGUCGGGUCAUGUUAUCACGCAACUCAAGGUGGUCUCUUCCUUUCCUUCGCGGCAAGUCUUUGCCCUUCAUUUCCUCUGGCAUGAUGGACACCUUAGUAGGUACCUACCACAGAACGAGACGUUCAUGGUCCUUAAGGAGGCCUUGAGACCGGUCACUGGUGCUCAUCUUGGCAGGCAAAAGGUGACUGGGUCAUGCAAGGAUUUGCGCGCUACGGUGCUCCGCUCUCACCUGGGCCGCCGAGAGACUAGCCUGAGGGGACACCAGUCGAGACCCUUGAAUACCUACCAUGGCCAUCGCUCAGACAAAUGUCCAUAUAUAAUGCACCAAUGCCCUCUAUGCGAAAAUGAGGACCGUACAGAGACCCCCACGCAACAUCAGCCUUGUUUCGACACAACCCAACUCCGUUACAAGGGCAGCACAGUCUGCCAUAUCACGCACGCCGCCGCUGGCAUGGAGACACCGACGGAGGGUUACCGGCAAGCUUGCAACACCAUGUACCCGCCACACGAGCAAAUGCCUUCAGUAACUCUGCCGUCUGCAGCGCGAGCCUUUCGGACUCCCUCCAGCCUAGUCCCGCCAAACGUGACGACUAGAUCUGGCACUUUACGAGCUCCGGAGGCACCGAUGAGUGCAGGCGAUAUGGACGACAUUGACUGGCCAACACACUUUUCCUCGACGACUCUCGACAGACAACAGCCGAGGGCCGAGAAAACCAACGAGCUCUUGGCAGGGUGUAUCGUGAUGCCAGAGUCCUACGCCGAUUCACGGAGUCAGGAGGAAAAAGGAUCAUGCACAGCAACUGAGGAUCAGGAUCACGACGAUUCAUCACUCGGCCUCGAGACGAGUUCUGCUACUGAAAGUCUUCAAGAAACAACAACAACUCGCCAGCUGCGACCCAGGUUACCGAAUGGUAUACCACCGCCAAGAGUAGGCAUUACGAAGGAACCGCUACAUGGACAGAGGAGGUCACAACGUAGGAAUAAGAGGCUCCGGAGAGGCAUGAAGAGAGUAACCAGACAUCGUUAG